CAAAUGGCUACUAAUGGAGAACGAACUUGUACAAAACCGCCUCCGAGCCCCUCUCCUCUAAGAAAUGCCAAAUUCUUUGGGGCAAAUAUGAGAAUUUUGGUUACUGGAGGAGCUGGGUUCAUUGGCUCUCACCUGGUGGACAAGCUGAUGGAAAACGAGAAGAAUGAGGUGAUUGUUGCGGAUAACUACUUCACUGGAUCAAAGGACAACCUUAAGAAAUGGAUUGGCCAUCCAAGAUUCGAGCUUAUUCGUCAUGAUGUGACUGAGCCGUUGCUGGUUGAGGUUGAUCAAAUAUUCCAUCUUGCUUGCCCUGCUUCUCCGAUCUUCUACAAACACAAUCCAAUAAAGACAAUGAAGACAAAUAUGAUUGGUACAAUGAACAUGCUGGGACUUGCCAAGCGAGUUGGAGCAAGGAUUUUGCUCACAUCUACUUCGGAGGUGUAUGGAGAUCCUCUUAUUCACCCUCAAGUUGAGAGCUAUUGGGGAAAUGUGAAUCCCAAUGGAGUUAGGAGUUGCUAUGAUGAGGGAAAGCGAGUGGCUGAAACAUUGAUGUUUGAUUAUCACAGGCAGCAUGGCGUAGAGAUACGGAUCGCAAGGGUUUUCAACACUUAUGGCCCUCGCAUGAAUAUUGAUGACGGCCGUGUUGUGAGCAACUUCAUAGCCCAAGCUAUCCGGGAUGAACCCUUGACUGUUCAAUCACCAGGAACGCAGACAAGGAGUUUCUGCUACGUCUCUGACAUGGUCGAUGCCCUUAUUCGACUUAUGCAAGGAGACAACACUGGUCCAAUCAACAUUGGGAAUCCAGGUGAAUUUACAAUGCUCCAACUAGCAGAGAAUGUCAAGGAGCUUAUCAAUCCUAAAGUGGAGAUUAAGAUGGUUGAAAACACACCUGAUGAUCCUCGCCAGAGGAAGCCUGACAUCUCAAAAGCAAAGGAGUUGCUGGGAUGGGAACCAAAGGUCAAGUUGCGCGACGGUCUGCCCCUCAUGGAGGAGGACUUCCGUACAAGACUUGGUGUCCCCAGAAAUUAAUCAAGAAUGUAGCAUAGA